AUGUCAUCAGUCAUCGUCUUCGGUCCAACAGGAGGCGUGGGCUCCGCGGUGGCCCUCACGGCCCAGAAACACGGCGCAAAAGUCUACCUAGCAAUGCGAGACACCAAGAAGCCCAUUCCGGGUCUGUCCCCUACCGACGAAGAAAAAGGCGCCUUUGAAAGACUCCAAGCAGAUUUGACAGAUGCCCAGUCUGUAUCCGCAGCAAUCGAGACAAGCGGCGCAAAGCGCGCAUUCAUCUACCUGGCGCACGGUUCCCCAGACCACAUGAAAGCUACACUGCAAGCUAUGAGAUCCGCAGGUGUCGAGUUCGUCGUGUUACUCAGCAGUUAUACCGUGUGGGAAAAGUUGCAGGAUGUUCCUGCGAGUGAACUGAUCCCGUACACGCACGCCCAGGUGGAGAUGAACCUGGACGAAGUCUUUGGGACAGAGAACUAUGUGGCGUUAAGGCCCGGCGGGUUCGCUACGAACUUGCUUCGGUUCAAAAAUGGCGUCGCCGCGGGUGAAGUGAAGAUGUUCGACGGUCAUCUCAAAUUCGACUGUAUCACGCCUGGUGAUAUCGGGCGCGUCGGCGGGACAAUUCUGGUGCACGGUCUGCGGAACGGGCAGACGAAGGUUUAUCUCUAUGGGCCUCAAGUGAUUACACAGCGCGAAGCGAUCGGCAUCAUUGGAAAGGUCCUGGGGAAAGAGAUCAAAAUCACGACAAUUGGUGAGGAAGAGGCAAAGGAACAGUACCUCGAGAAUGGAUUGCCCAAGCCAAUAGUGGAAUAUUUUAUACGGGUGGUGAAGGAACGUGAAGAAGGUGGGAUGCAGAAGCGUGUCCAUUACGAUGCUGGUGUCGAUAAUGUGCGACUGUAUACUGGAUCUCCGGCUACGUCUUUUGAACAGUGGGUGAGGGAAAACGAGGAACUAUUCAAGGCGUGA